UUGACUCCUCCGGCUUCCCGUAGUAGGCUUCUCUUUUCCUCCAGCAUGGCCGCCAUCAGGAGCGGGGUGACUCCCGGAUGCCUAGCGAGAUGUUUCCUGAGACAGACUGGGAAACCGAGCCGAGGCAGUCACCCCCUUUCGGAUAUUUGGAACCACCGGAUGCUCCAGAAGUCCAAUCUGCACACCGUUUUUGAGUGUCGCAGUCCUGCCGCCAGGACUCUGCUGGGCCGCAGACAGCAUGGGAAGUUCCUCUGGGUCAACGCCAUGGCAGUCAGACACAACAGCUCACAGAUCCCACCUGAAGAUGGAACCAUGGCACCUCCAGUGUUGGAAGCUUUUGACGCCCAUCCUGUCCUGGAGUCCUCCCCCAUCUCUCUGUCCGCUGACCCGACCCCCAUCUUCGCACAACCAAUCCCAGAACAGAUCCCAGUUGAAACUCUUUCCAUGGGAGCACCAUUAGUGGACAUCUCUCCUCCUCCUACAGUCUUGGAUUCCUCAUCCGAGCUUUUGUCGACUGACUCUGCCACGGUUUUGUCGCAGCCGUUCUUUGAGCAGGUGACUGACGUCGCACCGACUGCAGUGGAGGUCCUCCAGGCUGUGACGACAGAAACCAGUUUAGCGGAGCUGGGUUUGGCCUGCAAUACACCAGUGGGGCUGAUCCAAAGCUUGUUAGAAAUUAUGCACGUGGAUCUUGGUUUGCCCUGGUGGGGGGCCAUUGCUUUAGGAACGGUGUUGGCUCGCUUGGCUGUGUUUCCCGUCAUAGUGAAGGGCCAGAGGGAGGCAGCCAAGUUGAACAAUGUUAUGCCCCAGAUAAGCAAACUGAAUAGCAGAUUGAGUGAGGCCAAGCAGAGUGGAAACCACUUUGAAUUUUCCAAAGCCUACUCUGACCUGAAUUUGUUCCAGAAGAAGCAUGAUGUAAAUCCUCUCCGUGGAUUCCUGGUACCUUUGGUGCAGGCACCAGUCUUCAUCUCUUUCUUCAUCGCGCUGAGGAAGAUGUCCACUCUGCCGGUGCCCAGCAUGGAGACAGGAGGUCUGCUCUGGUUCACAGACCUGACGGCAGCGGAUCCUUUUUACGUCCUGCCUUUGGUCGUCACUGGAACCAUGUUCUUCAUCCUGGAGCUGGGUGCUGAGUCUGGUGUCGACAACCCCAACCUGAGAAACAUGAAGAAUGUGUUCAGGGUCAUGCCCUUUGUCAUCCUCCCCUUAACUAUCAACUUCCCCACGGCGGUGUUUACCUACUGGCUGACCUCAAACUGCAUCUCCUUGGGUCAAGUUUUUCUGUUCAAACACCCCUUGAUCAGAGAGAAGUUAGGUAUCCCGGUGAGGAUCAAACACUCAGCCUCAGCCAUGCCCCCAAGUGAGGGCUUUAUCGAAAGCAUCAGGAAGGGCUGGAAACAAGCUAAACUGCUCGACGAGAUGCAAGAGAGGGAAAGAAGAAUCAAAGACAGUCUGCAGAUCAGUGCUAAAGGUCCACUGAGGCAGACUUUUACCCACAAUCCCCUGCAGCAGCCCCCGCCCAUGGCUGCAGCAUCAGCUAAAACCAAGCCAGAUAGUGGCAAGGCGAGGCCAUGGAAGGACACCAUUGGAUAAAUCCGAGUGAUUGCUUCUAUACGAUUUAUGUACAUAUUUAUGGGUGGAAGAGAGGACGGGGAGGAAAAGGGUCGUGAUUAUGUAUUCUAAUUAAAAUGUCAAAUCUUCCUCAAAA